AGUUCGUAUAGGCUUCAUUCACUGGAUAUGAAGUCCUUUGACUUAUUAGUCGUUGAUGAAGCCGCCCAAUUGAAGGAAUGUGAAUCUGUCAUACCUUUUCAACUACCAUGUCUGAGGCAUACUGUUUUGGUGGGUGAUGAGUGUCAACUGCCUGCAGUAGUUAAGAGUCAACUCUCUGAAGAAGCUGGCUAUGGAAGGAGCCUUUUUGAAAGACUCAGUUCGCUGGGUCAUUGUAAACACUUGCUUAACGUACAAUAUCGCAUGCAUCCAUCAAUUAGUCAAUUCCCAAAUUCAGCUUUCUACUGUAAACAAAUUCUUGAUGCCCCUUUUGUUAAGCAUAAAACGUAUGAGAAAAGAUAUCUUCCAGGAAGAUGUUUUGGCCCGUAUUCCUUUAUAAAUGUUCCAUUGGGUAAAGAAGAAAUGGAUGAUGUUGGACAUAGCCGAAGGAAUAUGAUUGAGGUGGCCUUAGUGAUGAAGAUGGUGCAUAGCUUGUUUAAAGCUUGGAGUAGCUCCAAGAAGAAACUCAGCAUUGGUGUUAUAUCACCAUAUGCUGCACAAGUUUUGGCUAUAAAAGGUAAACUUGGGCGGAGGUAUGAUACCCUUGAUGGUUUCGAAGUUAAGGUGAAGUCAGUUGAUGGAUUUCAGGGAGGGGAGGAAGAUAUCAUAAUAAUAUCUACUGUGAGAUCUAAUUCAGGUGGAUCAAUCGGUUUCUUGUCCAGUCUUCAGAGGACUAAUGUUGCUUUGACCAGGGCUCGGCAUUGUCUAUGGAUUCUUGGCAAUGAGCGAACAUUACUUGAGAGCAACUCUGUCUGGCACACAUUAGUUCUCGACGCUAAGGAUCGUCAGUGCUUCUUUCAUGCUGAUGAAGAUAAUGACAUGAGGACAACAGUUUUAGAUGUUAAGAAAGAAUAUGAUCAGCUGGAUGAUUUACUUAAUGCAGACAGUAUUUUGUUCAAAUCUCAAAGAUGGAAGGUACAAUCUUGUGCUUUAGCUCUCUUGAGUUAUGGCACCAUGAACAUUCAACACUUGAGU